AUGGCUGGAAAACUGUUAUUACCUACUCGAAAGAAUCAACACCCGGUAGCUCGAGUUGCCACUGAAAGAGCCCCUUGUUGUUUUUGCAAAAGAGACGUUGAUGAUGAAUUGUUAUAUGGUAAAUUGUACGCUAUCGGAGACAUACAUUGUCACUAUUUUUGUGUCCUGCUGUCAUGUUGUUUAAUUCAACAUGGUAAAGAUGAAGAAGGUUUAUUUGGGUUUUUAUAUUCUGAUAUAUUGGCAGAAGUUGAAAGAAGCAAAAAACAUAAAUGUUCCUAUUGUAUGAAGGAAGGCGCAACUCUGGGUUGCUCUAAAUCACAAUGCAGGAAACAGUUUCAUCUACCAUGUGGAAGGGACAAAAAUGCGGUGUCUAUGUUUUAUGGGAAUUUUAAGUCAUUCUGCCAACACCAUGUACCAAAACAGAAAUUACCAAAUAAUAUAUUAGAAAACAUUAAGGAUAGAAAACUAAAGAUGAAAAACUCAAAAUUAGAUAAUGAGUUGUCUGAAGAUACACAAGAGAUGGUAUGCGUUAUUUGUUAUGAAAGUGUCGACGCGUUUCCCACAAUACAUACAUUUUGGCCUCCCUGCUGCGCACGCGACGCCUGGUUCCAUAGAUCAUGUGUGCAGAGGAUGGCCUUAAGCGCAGGCGUCCAUUUCCUACGAUGUCCGUUAUGUAAUGAUAAGGAACGGUUCUACGAGGCCGUAUUGGGCCAAGGAUAUUAUGUACCAGACAGAGAUGCGUCAUGGGAGUUGGAACAAAACGCGUUCGCAGAAAUCUAUGAACGGACAAUUGUGUGUAGUGUACCGGAGUGCGAGUGCCCUAAUGGAAGAGAUCACGAUUUGGAAAGCGGCCCGUGGGACAUAAAACUGUGUUUGCUUUGCGGGAACGUUGGGGCGCACGCGCACUGCGCGAAAUUAAAUGGACAUAUAUAUGUCUGUCCUAUAUGUUUGCCCGCUGCACCCAGCGAUCCGAAAUAUUUAGAAGCCAUUUAUGCUAUAACUCUUCCGGACCCCAAUCAAUCCUCGCGAGUUCUACGUGGACCCAGAAUGCCGAGUCGCAUGUCGAUAAGACGGACAAAACCAAGGCUGCGUAAUGUUGGGUCCAGUUCCAACACAACGGAUGCGUUAACUACCACAUUAACAGUACAUUCAGAAAACACGAUAAAUAGUCGCCAAGAGCUGAAUCUUAAAACGCCAUCUCGACCCAAUAUCGAAAAUGCCCAAAUGAUUGAUAAUGGAAAUCAGUCACCGGUUAAACUCUUCAAACAACAAUUAUGCGAAAGGAAUGUGCUAGACAAUUUUGAAUGGGAUUCUGACAGUGUGAUAGAGUUGGUGAGGGAAAAACUAAUGAAACCGAAGCCCCUUUCUAUACGAAAGAAAAUUAUUAGCUUUAUAAUAGAUAGUAUUUUAAAUGAAAAAUUAAAACCAAAUAUCAAGGAACCAAUAAAGGAAUGGAAAUGUCCAAAGAAAGACGUAAUAGAUGUUGAAAUGAAAACAUUAGAAGAAAAUAGUAUAGUUCAUGAAUUAAAUGAAUCUAUAAUUAAAAGCGAAAAAUUAAAUAAGAAUUUAGAAAAUAUAGAUUGUGAAAUAGUCGAAGAUCUGUGUGAAAAUAUGGAAUUAAAUCGUGUAAAUAGUACUGAAAUUAUAAUUGGAAGUGAAUGCUAUAGUAAUGUUUUAACUGAAGAUUUUUUGGAUAAAAAUCUACCCAUAGUGAGUGCUAGGUCAAAUCCAAUUCUAUUAAAGAACGAAUCUUCAAUGGAAAUUUCGGAAAAUAACCAAGAAAUUGACAUUAAUGUAACUCAGGGAAAGGAAAAUAAGACAAUUGCCCUGAAAUUCAGUCCAACUAAAGAAGUUUUGGGUGAAAACAUAAAUAUAGAUCUUGAAAUAUUUAAAAAUCAUUAUCUAAACGAAGUUGGCGGCGACCAUUUGUAUAAAACUGAUACUUUACCUAUGACUGAAUGUGCAAUGGAAUCCAAAACCAAACGCAGGGAUAAUAAGUAUAGAAACCUAAAAAAGCAUCGCAAACAGAAAAAGGAUAAAAAAGGCAGAGAACACAGAAAUGUAGAUAGAGAUUAUAAAAACAUCGACAAACAUAGAAACCAUGAUUACAAGAAGGAUAAGAACUAUAAACCAAAGGCUCUAGAUAAUACAGGUUUAGUUCUACAAUUUGUUUCGGAGGAAGAAAAUAAGAACAAAGAAAAACGCAAGACUGAACUAUCGAUUCGUAAUAAAAAUAUAAAAGUCAACAUUGAAUGGAAAAAGGAGAAAUUUAAUAUAAAAAUAACUAAUGGGAAUAGAAAAAAACAGCAUGCCAAUAAUUACGUAUUCGAAAAUGCCAAGAACAAAAUCAAAAUGACGCCCGGAAUAGUCUCACGCCUUAAGAGAAAAUAUGGAAAAACCGAGAAAAUUACUGAUAAGUUCAAGCAAACGUCGCUUGACAACUUUUUUACUGUCAAGUCUCCUGAAAAAUAA